CCCCCACCAACUACAAGCUUUUUUUUAAACCUUUCUUAAAAAGCAAGAAACUUGGAACCAACAAAAAAUGGGGGACACAGAUCGAUCUAGCAACUGAUCUCCCAAAUGAAAGCAGAGUUACUACACAGUAGAAAUGCUGAAGCAAGAGGAGGAAUCGUUGAUCCAUUACCUGAAGAAGGAACUUGAAGCAUCUCUUCUUAGGACUGAUCUGUUGGAGAAACACAAUCAAGAACUGAAACAAGAGGUCAUUCAUCUGAAGUCACAGAUCACAGCCCUCAAAGCUCACGAGAAUGAGAGGAAAUCGAUGCUUUGGAAGAAGCUGCAGAGCUUCAAUGAAGUAACCAAGAAUGACGUCUCUCAGCAGCAGCAGCAGCAACAGCAACAGCAACAGCAACAACACUAUCUUAAAGCACCAGCAGAUCAAGGAGCGGUUAAAGGGUCUAAGUUACUGCCGCCACCUCCUCCCCCACUGCCAUCAACAACAUUAGUCGGUUCAAAAUCUAUUCGUCGUGUGCCAGAAGUAAUUGAGUUCUAUCGUAUGAUCACCAAGAAGGAUUUGCACACUGACCCAAAGAAGAAUCAUGUCGCCACAUCACCACUAGCAUUCACACCAGACAUGAUAGGAGAAAUCGAGAAUCGUUCUACUUAUCUAUCCGCGAUAAAGUCAGAUGUACAGAAGCAGAAGCAACUCAUAAGUUCAUUGAGCAAACAAGUGGAGUCUGCAGCUUUCAAAGAGGUAUCAGAAGUGGAGGCUUUCAUGAAAUGCCUGGAUGACCAACUGUCUUUACUCGUCGAUGAGAGGGCAGUGUUGAAGCAUUUUCCACAGUGGCCUGAACAGAAAGUUGAUGCCAUGAGAGAAGCUUCUUCCAACUACCAGAACCUGUGGAACCUAGAGUCUGAAGUUUCGGCGUAUGAGGACAAUCCGAAGGAGCCAUUGGUCAAGGCUCUAGCAAAGAUGCAAGCUUUGCAAGACAGGUUGGAGAGAAAUGUUAACGGUAUGGAGAGGAACAAAGAGAGUAUGAUGAAGAGAUACAAGAACUUCCAGAUCCCCUGGAACUGGCUGCUUAAUACUGGAUUCCUAGGACAGGUGAAAUUGAGUUCUUUGAAGAUAGCCCGAGAGUACAUGAAGAGGAUUACUAAAGAAAUGAAGCUGAAUCAGAACUCAGACGACAACAAUCUGCUUCACCAAGGAGCUAAGCUGGCAUAUAGAGUGCAUCAGUUUGCAGGUGGAUUUGACACAGAAACCAUAACUGCAUUUCAGGAGCUUAAGAAGGCAGCCAUGAAUGGCCGUGAGCAAUGAUAGUAUGCGUUGUAUUUAUUCACACAGAGUUAGGUAUGUCAAAUGAAACGUUAUGUAAUGAUGAGUUAAUUACGAAGCGAAUAUGGUGAGGCAUGUAACAUGUUAUACGAAUGUACUAAACAAAAGACCAGUUUUGUUUGUUCGUCACCAUAUACAUAAUCCAUGUAAUUGCUCUAAGAAGCUACUGGCUCCUCAUCAAUUGCGUUGGUAUCGAUGUGGGACUAGCAAAACCUUCCUGUACACCGUGCAUCCAGCCGCCCAUAUGUCCAUUGCCGGCAAAAGCUUCCCGGACACCAACACCUCCGGCGACGUGUAAUCCACCAUAUUCCCCUGUAGUUGUCUCCCACUCUGGGGCCUGGACGCAGAUUCCAAGUUCUCCUCUGUUUAAACCCGAACACGAGACUCAGCCUAACCCUUUGGGCAUAAUUUAAGCCCAAAUUAUAAAAAGGUUCGUUAGAG